CAUUGUUUUGGUUCUGUCAGCAGCAGGUAGUUGGGGGUAAGAGCUGCGGCUGCGUUGGAGGUGAUCGGUCGAUCUGACCCCGGGCCUUCCCUCUGCUGUCCCUCUAUAUGAGUGCACUGACCGACAGCAGUAGUCCUUCUGUCCCCUCUAAGCGGCAUCCUAUUAAAUCACAAUGAACUGCCGUUCAGAGGUGUUGGAAGUGUCCGUAGAGGGCCGUCAGGUAGAAGAGGCAAUGCUGGCCGUACUACAUACUAUACUUCUUCACCGUAGCACGGGCAAGUUCCACUACAAGAAGGAAGGAACCUACUCUAUUGGCACUGUGGGAACUCAGGACAUGGACUGUGAUUUCAUAGAGUUCACUUACGUCAGGGUUUCUUCAGAUGAGCUGGACAGAGCUCUGAGGAAGGCAGUUAGUGAAUUCAAGGAUGCUCUCAGGAAUUCUGGAAAUGACGGCAUUGGUCAGAUUUCUCUUGAAUUCUACCAGAAGAAGAAGUCCCGCUGGCCAUUCUCAGAUGAGUGCAUCCCAUGGGAGGUUUGGGCAAUCAAAGUCAACAUCGUGUCACUGGCCACUGAGCAGGAGAGGCAGAUCUGUAGGGAAAAAGUGGGAGAGAAAUUGGGAGAAAAGAUCAUUAACAUUGUGGAAGUGAUGAACAGACAUGAAUAUCUACCAAAAAUGCCAACACAAUCAGAAGUGGACAAUGUGUUUGAUACAACUUUGAAAGAUGUCCAGCCUUAUCUGUACAAAAUUUCCUAUCAGAUCACUGACUCUUUGGGCACAUCUGUCACUACUACAAUGCGGAGGCUCAUCAAAGACACACUGGCACUGUAGCUCUGCAUGUACCCAAACUAAUUAUACAAUGAACUGCAAUCAUUCAUUUUAUGCUCAUUAAUUACACUGAUUGGCAAGGAAUCCUAGAACAGUGGUCAGUUUGUAUAUAGUUAUUACCUCUUUCUUUCAAGGUGUGUAAAAUAUUGUAAUUCUUAUACUUAAUAAAA